AUGAUGCGAACAGCCAAUAUCUACGAAAUAUUUUUAAUCUUUUUUGGUGAUAUUGUGGCUACUAUCACUAAUAUAAUUGUAGAGCAACCGCUCAUCAGUUGUUCAGCUGAUGCAAUCUACGCGAAAUGGAAGACUAAAACAACUUUUAAUGGUAAUGUAACAGUUCAAUUUGUGCCAAAUCCAAAUUGUUAUCAAACAUUGAUAACGAAUAAUCAAAUCGAGUUACUCAUACCUCAUCACGAUUGUCGACUUAAUCGAAUGCGGUUCAUCAGUCGAGCUGCUUUAAUGUUUGAAUCGUCCGUGUUAAUAACUUCUAAUGAAAAAGAGAUUCACAAAAUCCGAAUCCGACUAAUUGCAGUACCGCAUUGUAAGUAUAAAGUGCAAGGUCACGAAAGCAAAAAUAUCGCAAACACUGAUCAAUUAUUAAAACAUGUGUGGACAUGUGGAAUUAAAGCUAUUGACAAUUUGUGCUUUAUCGUAAGAAAUUGCUUCAUGAUAGUUAACGAUUCUCGACAACAGUUGAUCGAUGAGCAUGGAUGUUUGAUGAUAAAUGAUACAAUCCAGGCUGAACUUGAUUAUAAUGAAAAAUUGAAAGUUACAUGGAAAACUAAAGUAAAUAAAAUACGACUACAAAAAUCAAGUAUAUAUUUUCGAUGUCAAAUAGUAUUAGUGAUUGACGAAAAAGAUUGUUCACGACCGAAUUGCAGUGCCAAGCCAAGGUCAGUUACCCGUCCAUUUCUUUUCCCCUAA